AUGGCUGCAUUCGACGCCGCCGAAUCCAUCGGCCUGGAACCCUGGUACUCCCUGGGCCCGUUCGAUCAUGAACAGCCCACUCGCGUGACCGGUUUUCGCUUCCCGUACUUCGAGGAACCUCAUGUCGAUCUGCAGCAAACCGUCCAGCAGCAGACAUGGACAGUUCGACCGAACUGGAAGUCCGGCACCGUGAUGGUACCUGGUGGCGAGUUCUCCACGAUCUACCUGUAUCGUCGCAUCCAUGCGCCCGCUGACGGGGAGUAUGUCCUGGAUAUCGGUGCCAGCGACUCCGUCACCCUGUGGCUGAACGGUGAGAUGAUCUUCGACCGUCUGGACGAAGGCGAUAACGUGGCGACUGCGGCACCAUUCCCCGUCACUCUGAACGCCGGCAGCAAUGAGCUGCUGGUGAAGAUGUCGAACGGCGACUUCGUGCAGCAGAUUACGUUUCGCUCGCGCAGCCACACUGCCUACCCGGCCGGCAUCUUUCACCUGCUGCGGCGGCCCGCAGUCGAACGCACCCCUGAGCAACAGAAUGAACUGCUCGCACACUUUCACCAGACACAAAUCGAGGCGGCCCAGGCUCAGGUGAAAGAAAUCGACCGUCAGAUUGCAAAAGUGAUGGUGAUGAAGGAACGCGCGGACGUCCGGCCGGCUCACAUCCUGGAACGAGGCCACUAUGCGAGCCCCGGCGAGCUUGUGCAGCGUGAUGUUCCAGCCGUGUUUCCUCCCCUGACCGACAACGCUCCGCGCAAUCGUCUGGGUCUGGCCCAGUGGCUGACAUCCAACCAGCACCCGCUCACCGCCCGCGUCGCCGUGAAUCGCAUCUGGCAGAACCACUUCGGACGCGGUCUGGUCCGCACGGAAGAAGACUUCGGAGUUCAGGGCGCCUACCCGACUCACCCGGAUCUGCUGGACUGGCUGGCCACGGAGCUGAUUCAGAGCGGCUGGGACAUGCAACACAUCCACCGCCUGAUCAUGCAAUCGGCCGUUUACCGGCAGUCAGCUGCGGCGACUGCUCUGCAACAGACGAAGGAUCCUCAGAAUCACCUGCUGUCGCGGGCUCCGCGGUUCCGUCUUCGGCCUCAGGAAAUCCGGGAUCACGCGCUGUAUGCCAGCGGCCUGCUGGUAGAGCAGCGGGGAGGCCCUUCUGUUUUUCCAUAUCAGCCUCCAGGCCUGUGGCGGGAAAUCACCAGCCUGAAACUGCAGCCCGAAUGGUUUCUGACCGUGGACUACGAACAGGGCCACGGCGCCGACCUGUACCGUCGCUCACUGUACACAUUCUGGAAACGUUCCGUGCCACCUCCCGGCAUGACCGUCUUCGAUGCAGAAACGAGAGAAGUAUGCGUCGUCCGCCGGCAGAACAGUAACACACCACUGCAGGCGAUGAAUCUGCUGAAUGAUGUGACCUACGUGGAAGCCGCCCGCCAUCUGGCUCAUCGAAUGCUCCACGAGGGCGGUGAGUCAACCAUCGAUCGACUGAACCACGGCCUGCUGCUCACCAAUGGGAGACCCGGUACUGAAGAAGAACUGCAGAUCCUGACGUCCGGCCUGCAGCAGCAGACGGAAUACUAUCUGCGUCAUUCGGAACAGGCUCAAAAGCUGCUGACAGUCGGCGAAUCAGGAAUUCCGGGCAGCCACAAACCAACAAUCCUGGCCGCGUGGACUCAAAUGGGACUGCUGCUGCUGAACAGAGACGAAUCCGGUGCUCCGUCCCAGAUUGACCUGUUCGACUACAAACCCACUCUGGACGAACUGGAUGGAGUCGACCUGCCGGAUUCGGUCCGCGGAGGCCAGCGGCUGACGGGGAUGACGGCCGCCCUGAAGAAAUAUCGAGUCACCAAAGGCGUGGCCGGAUUUUCUCCCUCCGGCAGCUGUGGCACGAUGCUGUCCAACAGCCUGCCCCAUCUGCAGCGGGUGGCCGAUGAACUGUGCGUGGUGAAGUCACUGCACACAGAAGCCAUCAAUCACGAUCCGGCCGUCACCUUCUUCCAGACCGGCUCACAGAUCGCCGGCCGGCCCAGCAUGGGAGCGUGGCUGUCGUAUGGUCUGGGAACGGAGAAUCAGAAUCUACCGGCUUAUGUGGUCAUGCCGUCCCGAGGCAGUGGACGCCAGAUGCCGCAGCCUCUGUUCAAUCGGCUGUGGGGAGCCGGCUUUCUGCCGUCUGCCCAUCAGGGAGUCCGCUUCCGCUCCUCCGGCGAUCCCAUCCUGUAUCUGUCAAAUCCGGAUGGCGUCUCCCGCGACCAGCGACGUUCUCUGCUGGAUGCGCUGGCCGCCAUGAAUCAACAGACUCUGGACCGCUAUCAGGAUCCGGAAACAGCCACACGCAUCGAACAGUAUGAACUCGCCUUUCGCAUGCAGGCGGCCGUCCCCACGCUGCUCGAUUUUUCCGACGAACCGCAAUGGGUCUUUGACCUGUACGGGCCGGAAUCACGCAUCAAGGGCACCUAUGCGUUCAACUGCCUGCUGGCUCGCCGGUUGAUCGAACGAGACGUGCGCUUCGUCCAGCUGUUUCACAUGGGCUGGGAUCAGCACACGGCUCUGAUCCCCGAACUGCGCCGCCAGUGCCAGGAUACCGACCAGCCCUCCGCCGCCCUGAUUCAGGAUCUGCGCCAGCGCGGGCUGCUGGAUGACACGCUGGUCAUCUGGGGCGGAGAAUUCGGACGCACGGUCUACGCCCAGGGCGACUAUCAGGCCGGUAACUUCGGCCGUGACCAUCAUCCUCGCUGUUUUUCCAUGCUGAUGGCCGGCGCCGGAGUCCGUGGCGGAACGACGUGGGGCGAAUCCGACGACUUCGGCUACAACAUUGUCCGCGACCCCGUCCAUGUGCACGACUUCCAUGCGACUGUCCUGCACCUUCUGGGAAUCGACCACAAGCGUCUGACAUUCCGCUAUCAGGGUCGCCUGCCGACUGCGCACAGCCAGCCCCCUUCCUCCAACAGCAACACUCAGCGCGACACGACGACAGAUGCAUCUCUGGAGAUGCCCGCUUAUCGGGUCGAAGCGGCUCCGGAAUGGACAAAGCUCUUCUACCGCAAGUCCGGUGUGUUUGGAGUCGACGGAAUCUUUUCCAUUCCGCUGGACGGCGCAGACCCCAAUGACGGAAACGAAGAAACACUCCUGAUCUUUGGCGACAGUUUUGUCGGUCGCGUCGGUGACGACGAUGCACCUCUUCCCGGCAACACCAUGGUCAACAACUGUAUUGCCAUGUUCCGCGGUGUGGAUCCCCGGGCCGAAGACAUGCGGUUCGACUACCGCCGCGGCAAGGAUGGAAAACCGGAAACAUUCUUUGUGCCAAACAAUGCCGCGUCGCGCCCCGGGCAGUAUUUCUGGAUGGGCGACGGAUUCGUCAAUCGUGCUCUGCAGAAUCAGACGUACCUGUUCGCUUACCACGUCGAAAAGACGGGACCGGAUGUCUACGACUUCGCCGUGCGCGAUGUUUCCCUGAUCGCUUUGCCGGCCGGCAGCCGUCCGCCGUUCGACGAUCACCGUCAGAUCGUGACUCCGCUGCAUGUGGAACAUGAUGAGCUGGGCAGCGGUGAUUUCGGAGCCGGCAUUCUGGUCAACACCGACUGGGCACAGGCGCAGCAUCCGGACGGAUUUAUUUAUGUCUAUGCCUGCAUCGGACCGCGCAAGUCACUGGCGGUUGCGAGAGUGGAACCAGCGAAGUUCGAAGACUUCACUGCCUGGCGGUUCUGGAAUGGCAGCGAGUGGGAUCCCGACAAAAACAACAUCGCCCAACUGUGCGAUGCUGUCUCCAACGAACUCAGCGUCACACCUCUGCCCGAUGGCCGAUUUCUGCUGGUCUUUCAGGUGAUGGGCAUCUCCGACAAAGUCGGCGUGCGGAUCGGCAGCAGCCCGGUUGGCCCGUUCAGCGAGAUCCAUGAAAUCUGGAGGACACCUGAAAUCGAUGAAGGGCUGCUGCCAUACAACGCCAAGGCCCAUCCGGCGCUGUCGAAACCAGGCGAACUGCUGAUCAGCUACAACACGAUUACUCUGGACUUCUGGAACGACAUCCGGAAAAACGGCCACAUCUAUCGGCCACGCUUCAUUCGCCUGGUCUUUGAAUAG